AUGAAUACCCAUCCUCAUGUUAUUAUCAUCGGAGCAGGUAUUGGCGGCUUGACGACUGCGAUAGGCCCCCAGCACUGUGUCAAGUCGGAUGUAAGGUCACCAUUUUGGAGCAAGCUUCUAGGCUUUCCGAAAUUGGAGCAGCUUUUUAUCCUAACUAAUGUCAUACGGGCCCCAAACGCUACACGCGUACUUCAAAACCUGGGCGUUCUUGCAGAGGUAACUAUCUAUGCAAAUAAACCCGCCGGUCUUGUUGUGCGCCGCUACGAUGAUGAUUCAGAGAUUGGACCCCGCUCACAUAGCGAUGGCCUCGACAAAAAAUUCGAUUCUCCAAUGCUAGUCAUCCAUCGAGCCGACCUUCAAAGAGUACUGUUGAAGGCUGUCCAUGCCCAAGGCGCCCGCCUUCACAUGAGCGCUCGUGUCAAAACUGUCGACCCUGAUUUCAACGCCAAAGUUGAGCUUGAGACAGGACAACAGUUCGAGGGUGAUCUUGUCGUCGGGGCGGACGGGAUAAACAGCCAAGUCAGGGCACAGAUGGUAAGAUAUUGGGAGAUCCCAGACGAACUCACAGCGACCGGCGAUGCAGCAUAUAGAGUCACUAUACCGCGGCACAAGCUGCUUGAAUGUCCCGGCCUCAUACAAGAAAUUGAUGGCAGAGUCAGCAGUCGGUGGAUCGGCCCUCAUGGCCAUAUCAUGGCAUAUCCACUCCGUGGCAACGAGCUUUAUAAUGUGGUCAUGGUUCACCGAAAUGAAGAGGCUGGACUGGAUAAAUCAAACAUAUGGACACGCCGAGGACGUAUGACGGCUUUAUUGAGGUUCUAUGGCAGCUGGAGUCCUCUGGUGAAUAUUCUGGCGAAACAAAUCAACACCGAAGGACUCGUGCAGUGGCCAUUAGAGACCCGUCCACAUUUGCCAAGCUGGUCCGUCAAUCGAAUCUGUCUUCUUGGAGACUCAGUCCAUGCCAUGCUACCAUAUGUCGCCCAAGGGGCUGCGCAGGCUAUCGAAGAUGCCGCUGUUUUAGGCACUUGCCUUUCACAGAUCAGUGAUAUUCCGCAGGUCCUUUCGAUAUACGAGCGUGUCCGCAAAGCAAGGGCAGAGUUCAUUCAAAACUCUGCUUCUACGAUGCGGACAGUCCUACAUUACGAGGACGGAGUCGAUCAGGAGAAACGCGAUGCCAUAAUGCGAGCGCCGAGAAUCGCCGGCUGGAAGCACCCGGAUCUUUGGGCUGAUGCAGAAUACCAAAAUACCGUUUGGGGUUAUGAUGUAAUUGCGGAGACUCAACGAGAGUGCAGCAAAUGUCUAGAACCCCCAAAUAACGCAGAGAGGCAAGUGAAAAGACGGUCAAGGCAAGUUGAUGUAUGCUUAAAUAUAUCUGGUGGGGCUCCUGACAUGUUUAUGAUUACGGACUCCACAACGAAGAGCACAAUGGAUGAAGUCUCCAUGAACCUAUUUCAAAGCCCCUUCGAUAACUCAGCGUUUCUAAGCACUGCGGGUGGCACACUCUCCGACCUGAGUCCACCACUGCCUUCCCUUAUUCAACUGUAA